ACGGCCUUGGCGUCGUCAGCAUCGCCGUCGCACAUCGCAAAAGCGUUCUUGGCCGCGACCAUGGCUUCCAUGCAGACACCGACGAGACAGACCCCCGAGAACCUCGAAUCCGCCGGUUUGCUCAGUGGCACGACCGCUGCGACCAAGAAGCGGCGCAACCUCGUCUUUGGUGCGCUCGGUGGCGUCGCCCUCGUUGCGAUCGCCGUCACGGCGGCGUCGAUCAUUGUCAACGGCGAAAAUGCGACCGCAGGCGCCUCGGUCGCGUCGGGUGGCACUACCACGUCGACGUCGGCAAGUGGCAGUGCGACCACGGCGUCGGUGACGUCGACGAGCAACGGCAUCUCGAUGCCGGACCCUGAGACGCAGUCGCCGGCGGUGACGAUGCUGGCGAUUGGCGACUGGGGCAGCACGACGGGCAAGGCGAACGGCAACCCGGGCUCGUGCUGCGUCCUCUACAACGGCGCCGUCGACACGCGCAACCCGCGCUACAAGGUCGACUACUACGCGCAGCAGUACGUGGCGACGCUUCUCGCGCAGUCGGCGGCCGAGCUCAAGCCCGUGCGCAUCCUCGGGCAUGGCGACAACAUGUACUGGGACGGCGUCGGCACGAAAGAUGUCGGGUACCGCUUCCAGACGACGUUCGAAGACAAGUACAACCAGCCGUCGCUCGCCGGCAUCAAGUGGAUCAACGUUGUUGGCAACCACGACAUUGGCGGCUCGGGCUUCAUCUGCGGCGAAGAAGACAACCACUUCCGCGAGUGCGUCGACUCGGCGGACCUCGUCAAGAAUCUCAACGAGCGCUUUGACUUGCAAAAAGCCUAUGUGAGCCCGAAUGGCAACCGGUGGUCGCUCCAGGACCACUACUACGUCGAACGCGUCACCAAGAACGGCGUCUCGAUCGACAUCUUCAACUUGGAUACCAACUACGCCGACAGCCACGGCGCCAACGAGAUCUGCUGCCAGUGCUACGGGUACGCGGCCAAGCUCAAGCUCCCGGGCAAUGUGUGCGACAACGUCAACGUCGGUCAGCCGGCCUGUGCCGGUGGCAGUGCCGACAUGUACAAAGCGUGCAUGAAGGUGCUCAACGGGUGGUCCGAAGACUCGCUCACGCAGGCCAAGCGUGACAUUGCGGCGUCGACGGCGGACUUCAAGAUCAUCAACACGCACUACUCGCCGCAGUACCACAUGAACCCGAUGAAGAUGCAAGUGUGGUUCGACCUCUGCAAGUCCACGAACGUCCAAGCGUGGUUCAACGGCCACACGCACGGCUUCAACCACGAUAUCUCGACGUGGGGCACGCACUUUUUUGAAAACGGCGCCGGCGGUGGCAUCAUCUCGCAGUCGCCGUCCGCCAGCGUCGUCGCCAACGUCACCACGCAAUGGCUCGCGACGGGCACGCCGUACGGCUUUAUGGAGCUCAGCUUCACAAAGGAGUGGCUCAAGGUCCAGUUUGUCACCUUUGGGAAGGACUGGGUCUUUGGCGGCAUGGACCUCAGCAAGACGGUGCAGGGCGGGCUGCAGCGCGGUCACUGCUACUACGUGCCGAACGCCGCCGCCAUGGCCAGCGGCGUCCAAGGUAUCAAGUGCAAGUCGUCGGUCGAUGGCGGUGUCGGCGCGCCCUUGUAAGUGCGACGCGAAAGCAUCGUUUGCCUCAUUUUUGAAUCAACAAUCUUGUCUUGUGCGUCC